UCGGCCACUGACCACCAAGCAUCAUGGUGGCGCCUGUGCUGGAGGUAUCUCAUGUGUUUUGCUGCCCGAACCGGGUUCGAGGAGCUUUGAGUUGGAAUUCCGGACCCGGAGGACUCCUGGCCUUUGGCACGUCCUGCUCCGUGGUUCUCUAUGACCCUCAGAAAAAGGUAGUUGUUACCAAUCUGAAUGGUCACAAAGCUCGAGUCAAUUGCCUGCAGUGGAUCCGUAGACAGGAUGGCUCCCCUUCUGCUGAAUUGGUGUCUGGAGGAUCUGACAAUCAUGUGAUUCACUGGGAAAUAGAGAAUAAUCAGGUCUUAAAAGCAGUCAGUCUCCAAGGACAUGGAGGACCUGUUUAUGCCGUGCAUGCUAUUUACCAGAGUGACCCUUCCGGAAGCGGGCUGCAGGCCCUGAUAGCGUCUGCAGCUUCAGACUCCACAGUGCGACUCUGGUCUAAAAAGGGGUCAGAAGUCAAAUGCCUUCAGACCUUGAACUUUGGGGAUGGAUUUGUUUUGACUGUCUGCCUGUCUAUUUUGCCUGGUACUAAUGUACCAAUAUUAGCAUGUGGUGAUGAUGACUGCAAAAUUCACUUAUUUGUUCAACAGGAUGACCAGUUUCAGAAAAUGCUUUCUCUCUGCGGACAUGAGGACUGGAUAAGAGGCGUGGAAUGGGCAACCUUUGGUAGAGACCUUUUCCUAGCAAGUUGUUCACAGGAUUGCCUAAUACGAAUAUGGAGACUAUAUAUGAAACCAACAUCUUCAGAAACUGAGGAUGAUAGUGUCAGACUGACAGAAAACACUUUUACUCUACAAGAUGGAGAUGUUAGCACAACAGUUGCGGUUACCCUGGAAACCUUGCUGGCUGGACACGAAAACUGGGUAAAUGCAGUUCAUUGGCAGCCUUCAUUUUACAAAGAUGGCAUUCUGCAGCAGCCGGUGAGAUUGCUAUCUGCCUCCAUGGACAAAACCAUGAUUCUCUGGGCUCCAGAUGAAGAGUCAGGCGUUUGGUUAGAACAGGUCCGAGUAGGUGAAGUAGGUGGAAAUACUCUUGGGUUUUAUGAUUGCCAGUUCGGUGAGAAUGGCUCUAUGAUCAUCGCCCAUGCAUUCCACGGAGCACUGCACCUUUGGAAACAGAGUACAGUAAACCCAAGACAGUGGACUCCAGAGAUUGUUAUUUCAGGCCAUUUUGAUGGUGUCCAAGACCUGUUGUGGGAUCCAGAGGGAGAAUUCAUCAUUACUACUAGUACUGAUCAGACAACUCGCCUCUUUGCUCCAUGGAAGAGCAAAAACCGAUCACAGGUAACUUGGCAUGAGAUUGCAAGGCCUCAGAUACAUGGAUAUGACCUGAAAUGUUUGGCGAUGAUUGAUCGGUUUCAGUUUGUGUCUGGAGCAGAUGAAAAAGUUCUUCGUGUUUUUUCUGCUCCUCGGAAUUUUGUGGAAAAUUUUAGUUCCAUUUCAGGGCAGUCACUGAAUCAUAUGCUUUGUGAUCAAGAUGAAGAUCUUCCAGAAGGAGCCACUGUUCCUGCAUUGGGACUAUCAAAUAAAGCUGUCUAUCAGGGAGACAUGGCCUUUCAGACUUCUGAGGAGGAGGUGCUCUUAACUAGCCCUGCCUUCGCGUACCCAGAGGUGACUUUUCAGCCUGCCGUCCUUAACGAACCUCCAACUGAGGAUCAUCUUCUGCAGAACACAUUGUGGCCUGAAGUUCAGAAACUGUAUGGACAUGGCUAUGAGAUAUUCUGUGUUACUUGUAACAAUUCAAAAACUCUACUUGCCUCUGCUUGCAAGGCAGCCCAGAAGGAGCACGCAGCCAUCAUACUCUGGAGCACAGCAUCUUGGAAACAAAUGCAGAGCCUUGCUUUCCACACUCUGACUGUCACACAGAUGGCCUUCUCACCUGAUGACAAGUUCUUACUGGCUGUUUCCAGAGAUCGAACCUGGUCUUUAUGGAAGAGACAGCAUGCAGCCUCCCCCGAGUUUGACCCAUUUUUCACUCUCUUUGCAUUCACCAACACCGUCACUUCUGUGCACAGUAGAAUCAUUUGGUCUUGUUCCUGGAGUCCUGAUAGCAAAUAUUUCUUCACUGGAAGUCGAGACAAAAAGGUGGUUGUGUGGGGCGAGUGUAACUCCAGCCAUAACCCCAUGGAGCACCCCAUCGGCCCCUGCUCCUCCGUCCUGGAUGUGGGCAGUUCUGUGAUGGCUGUCAGUGUCUGCCCUGUGCUGAACCUGGCCCAGAGGUAUGUGGUUGCAGUUGGAUUAGAGAGUGGGAAGAUUUGUAUAUACUCCUGGAACAAGACCAAUCAAGAAAUCAAUGACUGGACCUGCUGUGUAGAAACAACUCUAAGCCAAAGUCACACACUUGGUAUCAGAAGGUUAUGCUGGAAGAACUGCAAUGGGAGCACUGAGCAGAGUAAAGAGGGCUUUGAGUGGUUGUACUUUGCAAGCUGUGGCGAAGAUCACACCGUCAAGAUUUACAGGGUUAACAGAUGUGCACUGUGAAAGACUUGACCACACCCCACUGUCCUGAUGUGUCUUAAUGUGUUUGUUAUGUAAAUAGAUCACCUUUCUUAACCUUCUUAUUGACUGAGUUUCCCUAUCUGGAUCUCAGUCUUUGACUAUCCGAAAAAGUCUGUGAACAUACUCUCUACAUGUGCUUUAAAAUUUUUUCUAAUGAUA